AUGGCUACCGCGCCGUCUGCUGCUACUGUGAUUGCAGUGGAGUUCAUGCUCGUCGCAGUGGCACUCGCCAUCAUCAUCGCUCGGAUCUAUCUACGUCUGGUGGUACAGAAGCAAAGUCUUGUUCUUGCAGACUGGAUACGCAUAGUAGCAUUUAUAUCUGGUUGUGUCACGGCCGUUUUCGACGUUGUGUUCUUGGUCGAAGGGGCAUUAGAUCCCACCAUCACUUUCACGCUGAUUAAUUGGAAUGUGCCACCAGAGAAGCUAGAGCGAGUCCUCAAGUUUACCUGGGCCAAUGCGAUCCCUUUCUUCUCAACCUUUUACCUCUGCAAAGCCUCACUUCUUGUUGUCUACCUCCAGCUAUUUCCUACAUUCAUGCGAAAGGCACGAAUAGUGCUCUGGGGAGUGGUUGCUUAUUGCGUGUCUGUUUCUAAUUCAUCCUAUAGGUCUGUCACGGAACCCGAAAAGCUUUGCGGCGAUUGGCCGGUGGCUACAACAUUCCAGAUUGCUUGGGCGCUGCACUUUACUGGAUCUCUUGCUCUGUUUGCCCUGCCAUUUCUCCUCCUCCACAAGCUCAACCUGCGCCCAAAGGUCAGAGUCGGUGUUUACGCCAUUUUCCUUCUUGGAUUCAUCGACAUAGCGUUUUCCUUAACUCGCUUUUUGACUAUUCAACUCACCAAAGUUGGCGAUUUUGCAUCCAUCACAACAAUUGUCGCCUGUCUACCCGCCCUCCGCCCAUACCUCCACAGAAAGGGCUCCAAGUUCAGUUACGGCGAGUCAGGCCGACCAACAGGUAACUCAACCCAUCCUGCAAGAAGGACAGUGGACCGAGGCUUCCAAGAGAUAGACGAGACGCCGUCUGUGGAGGGCGAUCGAGGACCUGGCCCGUGGGCUGUGGGACACUCACCUGAGCUCUGUGGAACAGGGUGGAGCGAUAAGAAGAGUAACGGCAGCGACGUUGAACUGGUGAGUCUUGACGUUAUGGCGGCCAAGGAUCGCAUGCAUGUAUAG